CAACACGAGUGACAGCAUCCUUGGGGAUCGAUCGGAAAGCGCCCCACCUGCCGACCUCCAACCAUCGGGCUCUUUCUUCCUCUUUCCCCCACCUUCCGGCGCUCCCCGCCCUAGCAGCCUCCCGGCCGCUCCUGGUGACCCGGUGACCCGCGGGACCGUCCGGAUUUGCAUUUGAACGGAGGACACCGGAAAGCUCCUUUUCCCAGCCCCCAGAGAGCCGAGCCUCUGCCCGAAGGAAGAGGGCACGCGAGACCCAGCAGGACACCUCGACGCACCUUCCAGUCCACGGAGCUGCAGGGGCCAGAGAGAAAUACUUGGAGCCAGGGUUGAUCACCUAUGCAUGAAACAUCUCCUCCUGUGACCAGAGCUCCGUGGUCUGUGCAGUGUAAAUGGCUCCACUCCCUCCCGGCAUUCGCUUCAUCAUCUCAUUCUCCCGGGAUCAGUGGUACAGAGCCUUCAUUUUUAUUUUGACAUUUUUGCUGUAUGCAAGUUUCCACUUAUCCCGAAAGCCUAUCAGCAUAGUUAAGGGCGAGCUGCACAGGUACUGCCCUACCCUGCACGAGGGGCAGGUCGGAUUCAGCAGCUGGGGACAGAAAGCCAGUGGCUCCCCGCACCGCCAGCCAGCAUACAACGAGACGGACUGCAGCUGGGCCCCGUUCGACCAGGACAACUACCAGCAGCUGCUCGGGGCCCUGGAUUACUCGUUUCUGUGCGCCUACGCCAUUGGCAUGUACCUGAGCGGCAUCAUAGGGGAGCGCCUGCCCAUUCGGUAUUACCUCACGUUUGGGAUGCUAGCCAGCGGCGCUUUUACCGCCCUCUUCGGGUUCGGGUAUUUCUACAAUAUCCACAGUUUUGGAUUCUACGUGGUAACUCAGAUCAUCAACGGACUGGUGCAGACGACCGGCUGGCCCAGCGUCGUCACCUGCCUCGGCAACUGGUUUGGAAAAGGAAGGCGAGGUUUGAUUAUGGGGGUCUGGAAUUCCCACACGUCCGUGGGCAACAUUCUGGGCUCCUUGAUUGCUGGCUACUGGGUGUCCACGUGCUGGGGCCUGUCCUUCAUCGUUCCUGGGGUCAUCGUGGCAGCCAUGGGGAUAGUGUGCUUUCUCUUUCUCAUCGAGCAUCCGAAGGACAUUGCCUGCUCCUCCUCCCUGGCGGCGCCGAAGGGCUGUGAGAACGGCACACACAGAUUCCGACUGCAGAAGCAGGUCUUCAUGGACAACAAGAACAAGCCUCUGGACCCCGAGAUGCAGUGCUUGUUGCUGUCAGGCGGAAAGCACCCCGUCCAUCAGAACCACGUCCUUGUCCUCCCAGCUGAUGGCGGGGGCAGCACGGCCCCCAUCAGCUUCACCGGGGCCUUGAGGAUCCCCGGUGUGAUCGAGUUCUCCCUGUGUUUGCUGUUUGCAAAGCUGGUCAGCUAUACUUUCCUCUUCUGGCUCCCUCUGUACAUCACAAACGUGGAUCACCUGGACGCCAGACAAGCCGGGGAGCUCUCCACCCUGUUUGAUGUGGGCGGGAUCUUCGGUGGGAUCCUGGCAGGUGUGAUCUCAGACCGGCUGGAGAAAAGGGCCUCCACCUGUGGCCUGAUGCUGCUGCUAGCGGCCCCGACGCUCUACAUAUUCUCCACCAUCAGCAAAAUGGGCCUCGAAGCCACGAUCGCCAUGCUGCUCCUCAGCGGGGCCCUGGUCAGCGGGCCGUACGCCCUGAUCACGACUGCCGUCUCCGCCGACCUGGGCACGCACAAAAGUCUCAAGGGAAACUCCCAUGCCCUCGCCACUGUGACCGCCAUCAUCGACGGGACUGGGUCUGUAGGAGCAGCCCUGGGCCCUUUGCUGGCUGGGCUCCUGUCCCCGUCUGGAUGGAACAAUGUGUUCUACAUGCUGAUGUUCGCAGACGCCUGUGCCUUACUAUUCCUGAUCCGCCUCAUUCACAAGGAGCUGAGCUGCCCGGGGUCUGCGACCGCGGACCAAGUUCUGUUCAAGGAACACUGACCCCCUCGAGUCCCCUGGAGGGAGGCUGGGCCCGUCCCUCACAAACUGUCAAGGACACGUUCAAAUAAAGGAUCCUGUGUUGGAAAGAAUGAUGUACCCUUGCCUUUUGCACACACACCCGGAAAAGACACAAAAGCCAACCUGAGAAGUCCGGGUCCUCUUUUAGGCGAGCCGUGGCGCUCACGACAGCAGCAAGGAGGUGCGGGAAGUCUCCACGACGGAGCCUGGGACACACGGCGGGACAGGCAGGAGCCCCGGCAGCUGCUCGGGGCCAGGCGGGUGGCGCUCAGGGGAGCCGGGGUCUCUCAGGUGUCUCAGUCUAGAAUGGGAGAGCAGGUGAGCGCCGAGGCCGCAGUGGGCGCCAGAAUGCAGCCGGCGCAGAGCCCAGCCUCUGGGAGGAAACUGACGCCUGGAUCAGAACCAAGACGGAACUCAGAGCCGUCCCAUCACCCAGAAGACUUUCCCGGCACCUCGUCCUGCUCUGCACGGGCCUGAGCACCAGCCGGCGGGAAGUGAGCAGCCGAGAAGCCGUCCAGGCCUGCCUGGCAGAGGCCCUGGGAGCCCCUGGACACAUCUGGGGUCCGAGCUCCAAGGUGGCCACUGCUGCUGUCCUGCGGGUCUCGGGGAGGA